AUGUUUACCUCACGAGUCGGCAAAGCACUACUUCGUAUCGUGUUACCAGUGUCGCUUGUACUCUUGCUUUUGGUGAUUGCACAUCGUAACAGCUCAUUGAGUAUAAAGCAACGGCUGCCGUAUUACAGACCCACUCCUCGACCCAAGGGUACACGUGAGAAUGCCGCCUUUGUCGUACUUGCUCGCAAUGAGGAUCUGAAUUCGUUACGCGAGACCAUGCAUCAGCUGGAAGACAGGUUCAAUCGCAAGCAUGGCUAUCCUUGGAUCUUCCUCAACAAUGACCCUUUUGACGAUCGCUUCAAGGAGCUGACAGCUGGUUUGGCGUCUGGUGAGACCUUUUAUGGAACGUUGAACGAGACCAUGUGGGGAUAUCCAGAUUGGAUUGAUCAAGACAAAGCACGGGAGAGUCGUCAAAAGAUGGAGGAAAAAGGUGUCAUCUAUGGUGGAAGUGAAUCGUAUAGACACAUGUGCAGAUUUCAAAGUGGGUUCUUUUUCCGGCAUCCUUUGCUAGAUUCUUAUGACUAUUACUGGCGUGUUGAGCCGCAUGUCAAAUUCCCUUGUGAUAUCGAUUACGAUCCCUUUCAAGUCAUGCGUGAGAAGGAUUUGAAAUAUGGCUGGACCAUUUCCAUCAAGGAGUAUGUGGAGACUAUUCCAACGCUCUGGGAUACCGUCAAGGCAUUUGCAAAAGAGCAUCCCGAAUACAUCGUACCAAAGAAUGAUCCGGAGAGCUUGUUGGGUUGGAUUAGCAACGAUGGUGGCGAGACAUACAACCUUUGUCACUUUUGGAGCAACUUUGAGAUUGGAUCUUUAUCAUGGCUACGUUCACAAAAAUACAUGGACUACUUUAACUACCUGGACAAAGCUGGCGGGUUUUUCUAUGAAAGAUGGGGUGACGCACCAGUACAUAGCAUUGCCGUUGCACUCAUGCUCAAGCAAUCCGAGGUUCACUUUUUCUAUGAUAUCGGAUACUUUCAUAAUCCAUGGUGGCAAUGUCCCAGUGAGCCCGAUUGGCUGCCGGCAGAGAAAUGUUCAUGUAACCCUGACGAGAGCUUUGAUCGACAUUGGUACAGCUGCACACCUGAAUAUCUUAAGCUUACUGGAACGAAGCGCACAGAUUACGUCAUUACACAACGUGGUUUUGAUGACUUGUAG